AAAAAUAAAAAUCCCAUCAUGCACCAUUUAAAAUGUCAACAUAAAGAAGUUUCAUUUGCAUUGUCUUUAAAAAAUCAAUGAUAUUAAUUAAUUUCAGUCACGUAUAUUAGUACAGAUAUUUUGCUUAGCAGGACAUCUACAAUUUAGCCAUACUGGACAGAGGUCAAUUUAUCAAUCCCAGGAUGCCUUCAGGGCAGCCUAUGCAGCACCCUAUGGACCGGCCAGAUCAUGGAAUGGCGAGACAUACUCCGUACAUGGGACAGCCAGACUAUAGGAUCCAUGAGCUGAACAAAAGGCUACAACAACGAAGUGAGGAGAGUGAUAUCUUAUGGUGGGAAUCGUUUGCCACAGAAUUCUUUGAAGAUGACGCCAGCAUGACUCUGUCAUUUUAUUUAGAAGAUGGACCUAAACGUUACACUAUUGGAAGAACAUUGAUACCUCGGUAUUUCAGAAGUAUAUUUGAGGGAGGAGUUACAGAUCUCUACUACAUAUUGAAGCAUACUAAAGAAUCAUUUCAUAAUACAUCAAUCACCUUAGACUGUGACCAUGCUACCAUGGUAACACAUCAUGGCAAACCUAUGUUUACUAAGGUUGUAACAGAAGGCAGAUUGAUAUUAGAAUUUACAUUUGACGAUUUGAUGAGAAUUAGAUCAUGGCAUUUUCAAGUUCGCCAACACAGAGAGCUUAUCCCACGGAGUGUUAUAGCAAUGCAGGAUCCUUCAAUGGUUGAACAGUUAUCAAAAAAUAUAACACGACAGGGACUAACUAACUACACACUCAACUUCUUACGGCUUUGUGUUAUCUUGGAACCAAUGCAGGAGUUAAUGUCUAGACAUAAAGCAUACGGGUUAAAUCCAAGGGACUGUCUCAAAACAACAUUGUUCCAAAAAUGGCAGAGAAUGGUAGCUCCUCCUGGCAAAGGCAAGCAAGCUGGAAUGUUUGCUGAUUUUACAGAACCAACAAGACAACCGGGUAAAAGGCGGAAAAGGAAAUCUUCAACAGGAAAUGCUGCUGGAAAUCUGAAUAGUGGUGGAGGUCCAACAAAGAAACGAUCUCCUGGACCCCAAGGCAUUGGGAGUUCAGUUCCUGGGGAUGUAAUGGUUGUUGGAGAACCUACUCUGAUGGGUGGAGAGUUUGGUGAUGAAGAUGAAAGGUUAAUUACACGAUUGGAAAAUUCACAGUUUGAAACCAACAAUCCUGAGGAAGAUAGCAAAGACUUUCAGAAUUCACCGUCAGUAGCUCAUAGUCCCUGGGGUCAGGAUAAGAAAACCCCCACAGGCAGCAGCACCCCAGGGGCUAGUAUUCCUCCCCCAGUCACGAGUCAACCAGAAGAAGGAAAAAUCGAGUAAAUUAAAACUAUGAAGAAGAAGGAUCAUAUUCAAAUUUGAUUAUUAUAUUUUUAAAGAAGGAUUUUUAUAGACAAAAAUUUGCAGGAUCAAAUAUAAAUCACCUUUAUUAUUAUUAUAAUAAUGUUUAUAUAUAGAAAAAAUUCUGUUUUUCAGAUAAGAUUUGCAGGAAUGAAUAUGAAUUUAAGGGUUUCUUUUGAUAAUAGAAAAUUUAGAUUUUUUUUAUAUUUGAAUACUGACCAACAGGGUAUUUUGUAGCUUUGAAUCAAUUUAUAGCUUUUGUAAAAUUAUAAAUUGCAUGGAAUAAAGAAAGAGAUGAAGAUCAAAACAUAAGGAUUUAUAUAAUUAAUAAGAAGUUAUUAUUUUUAAAAAGUUAUAAAUGAUCUUUCUUUAAUGAAAGUUUUUUGGCUGUAUAUAAAUAUACUUAUUUGUAUCAAACACGGCAGUAGUAGUGACCAGCAUGUAUAUGUAGAUUUUUUUUAAAGAACAACAGCAAAAUGUUCAAAUUAACAACAAGAUUUUCACAUAAUUGUAGAUAAUACUAUAUAUUACAGUGUAAAAUUAUAAUAGAGUUUGAUAUCUCCUCUAAAUAUUUUAUCGUAUUAUUGUUCUCCAACCUUUUUUUGCUCAACAGUUAAAUCUUUGAGUAGAAUGCAUUUCAAAUCUUUGUUGAAAUAUUAUAUACAUCAUUUAUCCCAGUAAAAUUAAUCAGUCUGAUUCUAUGGAUUUGAAUAGAAUUCCAGACCUCAGACAUUUUAAUAACUACAUCUAGCUGUAUGCCUUUCCUGUUUGUUCCUCAGACUUGUUUUGUACAGAAAUUAUUAUUAGUAAAACCUUGUAAAUCAGUUUGAAUUUUGUAAGAUGAUUGUUGAAAUGAAGAGUUAAAAAUGUUUGCUAUCUGAUAAAUACAUCUACUUACCUGUAAAACAAGUUUUACUGAUUGAAUUCUUCAAUGAACAAUGUGGAUUUUAUUGAUGAUAAAAAGCAGGUUGUGCAAUGGGGGAUAACUCUUUGUAUUUUGAUUAAGCACCCCACUUAAUUUGUUUUAACAUUACACAUAUAAAACAUGAAAGUUAUCAGUUAUUGUACAUUUGUCAUGGCUAAAAAUGAGAUUAAACUGUUUCAUAUUUAGUUCUCAUACUAUAUCAGGAUUAAAAAAAUGCAUUUUGGGUUGAUAUUUUCAUUAUUUUGGCAUUUUUACAUUGACAAUUUGACAUCCUGUAAAAUAUUCAUCUUGAUAUAUAAUACGAAAUUAACUAUAUUUGAGUGCUGCAAUGUUGUACAAAACCUACAUUACUGUGUUAUCCUUUGAACAAACAAAAUGAUUAUAAUUUGAGUAUUAUGGGAUGCUACUUAGGUUGUAUGUUUUACAAUGGCUGUCAAUUUCAUUUGGAAAUACAAGUUCUUAGAGUGGAUUCAUGCUUCUUUUUCUUUUUCAUCCUUUUUUUGCUUUAUUUAUUGCUAUUUAAAAAAUGAAGACAAAUCCCAGGAGGAAGUGACAAUACUAAAGCCACCUUUAUAUCCCACUGAUUUGAAUGUAUAUUUUUCAGUUAUUGUCUAUAUUAGACAUAAUGGUGAAUGAAUUGACUAUCUAAUCAUGUCCGGCAAUAUUGUAUAUUGAAAUGUCUUAACCAUAUCAGAUUUUGUUGGAAAUUCUUUUUACUAAGUAUACCUUACUAUCAUAUGAAAUAUUCUCCUGUCCUUACCUCAGAUUUUACUAAACAUUUUUUUUUUUUUAUUAUUUUCUUACUGUACACCAGAUAUUAAUGGUUAACGUCUUACCACAAUCACUGUACACCAGAUAUUGUUGGAAAUUGUUUUUACUAUUAGUUGAUUCUGUACACUUAGAUACAGAUUCAGAUGACUACCGGUAACAUCACUUUUCCUUUACACUGGUGAUACAUACACCUUUACUGUGAUUUUUUUUUUAAUGGAAGUAGCAAUUUUUGUAUACAGAGACAUUGAUGCAACAUACUAAUGUUUUAGUAGCAAUUAAAAUCCCGAGUUUAUAAAUAAAGUGACUUUUCUCCUGUAAUUUUCUAUAUGAUGUCAUUUAGAUUGCAAAAGAAAGCUAUGAAGAAUAAAUAAUGAGUAAUAAUAAUAAAAACAGGUUUCUCUUUUGACAAUUCUUAUUCGUAAACAAUCAUAAUUAUGAAAUAAUUAAAUAAAAUGUUCAACCAUAUUUUCCCAGAUCUGAUCUAUGUAUAAAGUUGUAUUACAUUCUAUAUUAAGAUCUGACUCAAUCAUUUAUUUAAUGUGUAUUUUAUAUUGUAAUCAUUAUUGUGUAGAGGUAGUCAGUCAUAUUCUGUUUUGUAAUCAUAAAAGUUUAGUAUUGUCAACAAAAUUUGAAAUGUCAUUUUUUGAAGAAAAUAAAUGUCAUUUUUAUGAACAAAACAU